UGGCACCCUUUUAGACCAUAGAAGAAUAAUUAGAAGAAAAGUUGGAUAACUAUUUUUUCUGCUCCACCUUCUUCUUCUCCAUUUCAAUUUUAGCUUCCAUAUGGUUAAGCCAAUGUCAUUUUUGUUCUUCGUCACAUUUCAUCUAUCAAUAACUUCAGUGGUAUUUGCAGCGGAAUUCACUAUAAUUAACAACUGCAACUAUACGGUUUGGCCAGCUUCAUAUACUACAGGUGGAAAUAGUGAAAAUGCAACAUUACCAACCACAGGAUUCAUGUUAAAACCCGGUGACAAUUUGACAAUCACAACACCUGCCAAAUGGACUGGUCGUUUCUGGGGAAGGACUCUUUGCACAACAGACUCCGUCUCCAAAAACUUCUCAUGUGUCACAGGUGACUGCGGAUCUGGCAAAGUAGCAUGUGAUGGCCGCAGUGGAUCACCGCCUGUAACACUGGCGGAAAUCUCUUUGGACAGUGCUAACAAUCAAGAUUUUUAUGAUGUCAGCUUAGUAGACGGUUAUAAUGUCCCGAUGGAAUUGGUUCCAUUAGGUGGUUCUGGUAAGUGUAACAGCACGGGUUGUCCUACGGAUUUGAAUGCGGUGUGUCCAACAGAGUUGAAAGUAACACAAAAUGGGACGGUUGUGGCGUGUCAGGGUCCUUGUGCUGCUUUUAAUUUGCAGUUUUUCUGUUGUGCUGGGAAUCAUUCAACUCCAAGUACUUGUGAGCCGAGUGUGUAUGCUCAGAUAUUCAAGACGACGUGCCCUCAAGCUUAUAGCUAUACCUAUGAUGAUAAGACCAGCACGUUCACUUGUCCGGCCACCGAUUAUCACGUUGUUUUUUGUCCUGCCUCAAAUAACGCCAGCUUAGAAUCAUUGGAUCAAGGUGUAAUUGUUGGUGAGUCACUUAUUGCUGGCAGUGGCACAACUCGUUGGUUCUCUCCUUCAGGAGAUUUUUCAUUUGGAUUUUACCAACUUCCUAAUGAGCUUUUCUUGCUAGCUAUAUGGUAUGACAAGAUACAAGAUGAUGCCAUCAUUUGGUAUGCAAAUGGAAACAACCCUGCUCCUAAGGGAUCAAGAUUGAUAUUAAAUGAUUCUCAUGGUUUGGUGCUGACCAACCCUCAAGGUUUAGAGUUAUGGAGUUCAGAUUUCACAUCAGGUACUAUCUCUAAUGGUCUAAUGAAUGAUGAUGGAAACUUUCAAUUGCGAGACAAAAAUAAUGUGACAAUAUGGGAUAGUUUCAGUCAUCCUACUGACACAUUAGUGCCGAAUCAAGUAAUGGAGUUGAAUGGAAAUCUUUCUUCAAGACAAGGAUCGUUCAACUUCUCACAAGGAAGGUUUAAACUUCAUCUACAAGAGGAUGGGAAUCUUGUGCUCAACCUUGUAAAUUUGCCAAGCAAUUACAGUUACAAACCUUACUACAGUGCUCGCACCAGUGAUUCUAAGAAUCAAACAAACAUUGGUCAGCGUUUGAUAUUUGACGAAUCAGGUUUAUUAUACAUUGAGAAAAAAGGAGGGGAUAACUUUUCUAUCAGCAAUCCAAAUGGGACAUUCUCAACAGACGACUUCUACUACAAAGCAACAAUUAAUUUUGAUGGAGUUUUCACCAUAGCAUUUUACCCUAAAGAUCCAAAGAGAGGACAAAGUUGGGUCAUUGCAAAGACUAUCCCAGAAAACAUAUGCUUGUACUCUACAUACACAAAUGGUGAAGGUGUAUGUGGCUUUAAUAGCAUUUGCACUCUUACAAAUGACCAAAGGCCUAAUUGUACCUGCCCAGUUGGAUAUUCUCCGAUUGAUUCAAAUAACAUGUAUCUUGGUUGCAUACCGAAUUUCCAAGUUAUUUGUCAAGCAGGUGGAAAUUGGGAUUCACAAAAAGAUCUAUAUACAAUGAAGGAAUUGCCAAAUACUGAUUGGCCAGAAUCUGAUUAUGAAAUAAUAAGCCCAUCUAGUCUACAAGAAUGUAAGGAAUCAUGUUUGCGAGAUUGCUUAUGUGUUUUGGUUUCUUUCAACCAAAGUUCCUGCUGGAAGAAGAAGCUCCCACUCUCGUAUGGGAGAAAUGAUCAGGGAGUUAAAGGAAUUUCAAUCAUGAAAUUGAUGAACAAUGAUCCUUUGUCAUCUUUAUCCGCAUUGUCAAAUGGGAAGAAAGACCAUGAUACUUUGAUCAUUGUGAUUUCGGUUCUUUUGGGAAGCUCGGUGUUUGUCAUUUUAACAUUGCUUGGUGCAAUAUUUUUUGGGUUCCCCUACAACCUCAAGAAGAUCAAAAGUAGUAGAACCAACAAAAGUGUUGUUGACAAUAACUUGCGCAGUUUUAGCUUUAAGGAAAUUGUGGACGCAACACAUAACUUUAGAGAAGAAUUGGGAAGAGGAUCUUGUAGCAUUGUCUACAAAGGAACAAUAGAGAUGAUGAUCAAUGUGGCAGUUAAGAAACUAGAUAAGUUGAUCCAAGAUAGUGAUAAGGAAUUUAAGACUGAAAUGAGUGUGAUAGGCCAAACUCAUCAUAGGAAUCUUGUUCGUCUUCUUGGAUAUUGCAACGAAGGACAGCAUCGCAUUUUGGCAUAUGAGUUAAUGAGUAAUGGCACUUUAGCUAGCUUUCUUUUCACCCCAUUAAAACCAGAUUGGAACCAACGAGUCCACAUUAUCCUGGGGAUUGCAAGAGGUCUUGUUUACUUGCACGAGGGGUGUUGCACCCAAAUCAUCCAUUGCGAUAUAAAGCCACAAAAUAUACUUCUAGAUGAUCAAUACAAUGCAAGAAUUUCAGAUUUUGGAUUAGCAAAGUUAUUGUUGAUUAAUCAAAGCCAUACCGAAACUGGAAUAAGAGGAACUAAGGGAUAUGUUGCACCAGAUUGGUUUAGGAGUGCACCAAUCACUGCAAAGGUUGAUACUUAUAGUUUUGGUGUAUUAUUGUUAGAGAUAAUAUGUUGUAGGAAAAACGUAGAGAAAGAAUUUUUUACCGAAGAAAAAGGGAUUUUAACUGAUUGGGCUUAUGAUUGCUACAAGACUAAAAGACUUGACAUUCUUCUCGAAAAAGAUAAUGAGGCUAGCAAUGACAUGAUGUGCUUGGAAAAGUUUGUGAUGAUUGCUAUUUGGUGCAUUCAAGAAGAUCCUUCUCUUAGGCCAACAAUGAAGAAGGUUUUACUGAUGUUAGAAGGAAUUGUUGAAGUUGCAGCUCCCCCAAGUCCCUAUCUAUAUGGUUCUGUAAGUUCUAAUUAAAAUCUGUUUCUUUUGAAGGGAUUUUAGCAUUGUUUUCUGUUUUUAUUUUGCUAGUGCAAUUGAACAGUAAGCUUGUAUAUAUAUUGAUGCUUCAUAUUACUUAAAAAUUAAAUUGUUUAUAUUUCACGAAUAGCGAAUAAUCAAUAAGAUAUUUUGACAGAGUCAUA